AUGGCCGAUGGUCUCCUGCUGCAAGAAUCAUCAGCGCUAGAAUGUUACAAGUACACGCCAUUCGACAAUAAUUACUCGAUCCGUAUUCUCACUCUUGAGCCGGGUACUGGCGAUGAUCCGCUGGUCGGGCAUCUCGGUGUUGAGAACCUCGACUCAAGUCCGCAUUAUGAAGCCAUCUCUUACUGCUGGGGUACAGGGGACCGUACCUCUGAGAUCCUGUGUCACGGGAAACCCCUCUCGUUGACGAAAAGCAUCGAAGAUGCUCUUCGGCGUAUGAGACAUGCAACCUCAGCGCGACGGCUGUGGGCUGAUCAAAUCUGCAUCAACCAGGAUGACAUUGCGGAACGCAGUCAGCAGGUCAGGUUGAUGAAUACUAUAUAUAAGGGUGCGAAGUCUGUCUUGGUUUGGCUAGGACCGGAUGAGCAGGGUCUUGCACAUAAGGCAAAGACAAUGAUAUACUAUCUUCAAGGGGUGUUUGAUAAUGAAGAGAUGCAUAAUGAGUUUCGGCGGGCGCAUUCAGAGGAACUGUUAAGCCAGGAUAGAGGGCCAUGGAUGCCUCUAUCCAGCUUGACGAAACAGCCAUGGUUCAACCGUAUGUGGAUUGUUCAAGAAAUUGGUACAGGAGCGCCAGCGACGUUGUACUGGGGCGACGUUGAGAUUGAUUGGGAGAUUCUCUCACAUGUUGCUGGUGUUUUGAAUCAAAGAUACCACUACCUACGCUCGCGUUUCUCCAUAUUCACACCCAACAUCCGCUACUUAUAUCAACGGUUUGUCGAGCCUGAAGAGGAAUACGGCUUCAAUCAUAACCGUGCAGCUUUCAUCUACGAGCUACAUCGUGCACGGCAUCUGCUCUCAAAGGACCCUCGAGACCACGUGUAUGCAUUCCUCGGUCACUUUUCGAUAAAAACCAGUAAGGGUCUCACAGGUUUAGUGGCCGACUAUAGCAGACCAAUCGAGGAUGUAUAUUACGAUGUAGCGACCAGGGAACUCUCAGGAUGCGAAUCACUUCUUCUGCUAUCCGCGUGCAAUCGUAUACCUACGACGUACAGGCACAAGCGCAGAAUGGUUGAGAGCGCAGACCUGCCGACGUGGGUUCCGGACUGGCGCGUUGUGGCUCUCCAUCUUAUAGGCACGCCUACUACUCCUCACCGAGCGUCAGGGGACUUACUACCCACACUACGCAUCGACAACGAGAGAAGAGCUCUGCAUAUCUGCGGCGUACGUCUAGAACGUAUUCAUCGGCCCUCAUGGUUCUUCGGGCAUUACACCUUCCACUUCCGUCGCAACAGCCCUAAUCGUCUGCCCAUUGAAGCCCUUUGGCAGGAAAUAUGUCGUCGCAACGUACCAUUCAAUCUACGGAAGCGUUAUCGCAACGGCGAGUCUGCUUUCUUCGCGCUGGUACAAACUCUCACAAACGGCUGUAUCGGAGUAGAUCGGUCGCGAGAAUACGAUACAAUCCUUAAAGAGGAGUGGCUCGCCAGCGGCGCAGCGUAUCUCGUCCGCGCCCUAAACAGGCCAGGUGCCACUAGUCCAGAGAUCCAAGAAGUUGCCCGAACAGGCGACGCGUUCAAGUGGAGCCACGAGGCAACGAUGAUAUCGCGGUAUCGUGCGUUUGCGAUUACUGCUGGAGGGUGGUUUGUCUUGGGCCCGGACGUCAUGCAGCGCGGAGAUGUAGUUGCUGUGUUAUAUGGGGGCAGAACACCAUUCUUGCUUAGGAAGAGAGAGGGAGGCACGUGGAUGCUUCUGGGAGAAUGUUAUGUGCAUGGGAUGAUGAAUGGAGAGGUGUUUGGGCUGCCUAGGGUGCAGGAGGAGGAGUUUAUUAUUCUGUGA